AUGGCGACCUUGUCUCGCACGUUGCGACCCUUGUCCCGCACAGCUGCUUCGGGCUUACUAUCAGCGAGACGGACAUUACCCUCGCGUACAUUGCAAUGUGCUCGUGCAUUCUCGACCACGCCGCGCCGACGAGAUGCAGACCUGUCCGCUUUCACUCCCGCGCCCAUCACACAACUUACCGAAACUGAAUCCAUGAUGGCCGAUUCAGUCUCCAAAUUCGCAAAGGAGCAGAUUGGCCCCAAGGUGCGGGAAAUGGAUGAGGCGGAGACCAUGGACCCGGAGGUGGUGCAACAGCUGUUUGAGCAGGGCCUGAUGGGGAUUGAGAUCCCAGAAGAAUAUGGUGGAGCGGCCAUGAACUUCACGUCCGCUAUUGUCGCAAUCGAAGAGCUUGCGCGUGUGGACCCUAGCGUCAGUGUGAUGGUCGAUGUCCACAACACUCUUGUCAAUACUGCCAUCCUGAAGCACGGCACCGCUGAGGCCCACCGUAAGUGGUUGCCAAUGCUCGCCACAGGCACAGUGGGCUCCUUUUGCUUGUCGGAGCCUGGAUCGGGCUCCGAUGCGUUUGCAUUGAAGACAAGAGCAGAGAAGACGGCCGACGGCUACAAGCUCAAUGGGUCCAAGAUGUGGAUCACCAACUCGAUGGAAGCCGGUAUCUUCAUCGUCUUUGCCAACCUGGACCCGAGCAAGGGAUACAAGGGCAUUACUGCCUUUAUCGUUGAGAAGGACACGCCUGGCUUUAGUAUUGCCAAGAAGGAGAAGAAACUGGGCAUUCGUGCCAGUAGCACCUGCGUCAUCAACCUGGACGAUGUCCACAUUCCAAAGUCGCAGCUGCUCGGUGAGGAGGGUCAAGGCUACAAGAUUGCCAUUGGGGUCUUGAAUGAGGGCCGUAUUGGUAUUGCCGCCCAGAUGACUGGCUUGGCCCUGGGCGCUUGGGAGAACGCUGCUGGAUACGCCUGGAACGACCGUCGUCAAUUUGGACAACUCAUCGGGACCUUCCAGGGUAUGCAGCACCAGCUCGCCCAAGCUUACACUGAGAUCUGCGCCGCGCGGGCUCUGGUGUACAAUGCUGCCCGCAAGAAGGAGGCCGGCCAGGACUUCGUCAUGGAUGCAGCCAUGGCGAAGCUGUACGCGUCGCAGGUGGCAGGCCGGGUGGCCGGUUCUGCUGUCGAGUGGAUGGGCGGAAUGGGCUUUGUGCGUGAGGGCAUUGCAGAGAAGAUGUUCCGGGACAGCAAGAUCGGAGCCAUCUAUGAGGGAACAAGCAACAUCCAAUUGCAGACGAUCGCGAAGCUAUUGCAGAAAGAGUAUACGCGAUAA